UGCAGCGGCCCAGGCGCUGCCCCCCGCCGGCCCUGGCUGGGAGCCUCGAGGGGUGGCGAGGAGGCCGAGCCGUGGCGGGCCUCGCCAUGUCCUGCCGCCCGAUUUUCUUGUGAAACCUUGUGAUAGAAAAUUUUCUUGGAACAAAUUUCAUUCGGCGUAAAGAAAAGGACCUUGCCAGACACUGACGAAAGGACGGGGAUCUCCUCCUAAUCUGGGCCUCCUGUCAUGGAUGAAGAGACUCGGCACAGUCUUGAGUGCAUCCAGGCCAAUCAGAUCUUUCCCAGGAAGCAGCUGAUCCGGGAGGAUGAGAAUCUUCAGGUUCCUUUCCUUGAACUUCAUGGAGAAAGCACAGAAUUUGUAGGCCGUGCUGAGGAUGCCAUCAUUGCCCUUUCUAAUUACAGACUUCACAUCAAAUUUAAAGAGUCUCUUGUUAAUGUUCCAUUACAGCUUAUAGAAAGUGUUGAAUGCCGAGAUAUAUUUCAACUUCAUUUAACUUGCAAAGACUGCAAAGUUAUCAGGUGUCAGUUCUCAACCUUUGAGCAGUGUCAAGAGUGGCUUAAGAGACUGAACAAUGCAAUCCGACCACCUGCUAAAAUAGAAGAUCUUUUCUCAUUUGCCUAUCACGCUUGGUGCAUGGAAGUCUAUGCCAGUGAAAAAGAGCAACAUGGAGACCUAUGCAGACCAGGGGAGCACGUAACGUCAAGGUUUAAAAAUGAAGUGGAGCGAAUGGGUUUUGAUAUGAACAACGCCUGGAGGAUUUCCAACAUCAAUGAGAAGUACAAGCUGUGUGGUAGCUAUCCACAGGAGCUCAUAGUGCCUGCCUGGAUCACUGACAAAGAACUAGAAAGUGUAGCAAGCUUCAGGUCCUGGAAGCGCAUCCCUGCUGUUGUCUACAGGCACCAGAGUAAUGGAGCUGUUAUUGCCCGCUGUGGACAGCCAGAGGUCAGCUGGUGGGGCUGGCGAAAUGCUGAUGAUGAACACCUGGUACAGUCAGUAGCCAAAGCUUGUGCCUCUGACUCUAGAUCAAGUGGCAACAAACUGUCAACUAGAAACAGUUCUCGAGGCUUUCCCAAUACAGGAGACCUUUCUGAUGUGGAGUUUGAUUCUUCUCUGUCAAAUGCUUCAGGAGCAGAGAAUUUAGCCAUCCAACCACAGAAGCUUUUGAUUUUGGAUGCACGGUCCUAUGCAGCAGCUGUGGCAAACCGAGCCAAAGGAGGAGGCUGUGAAUGCCCAGAGUAUUACCCAAACUGUGAAGUUGUAUUUAUGGGGAUGGCAAAUAUUCAUUCAAUUCGGAGGAGUUUUCAGUCUUUGCGAUUGCUGUGCACACAGAUGCCGGAUCCGGGAAAUUGGCUCUCUGCUCUUGAGAGCACAAAAUGGCUCCAUCACCUGUCUGUGCUUCUGAAGUCAGCACUCCUGGUCGUGCAUGCUGUGGAUCGGGAUCAGCGGCCAGUGUUAGCACACUGCUCAGACGGCUGGGACCGCACUCCCCAGAUCGUGGCAUUGGCUAAGCUCUUACUGGACCCUUAUUACCGAACCAUAGAGGGUUUCCAAGUCCUUGUGGAGAUGGAGUGGCUGGAUUUUGGCCACAAAUUUGCUGACCGAUGUGGUCAUGGGGAGAACUCGGAUGAUCUCAACGAGCGUUGCCCGGUGUUUCUGCAGUGGCUUGACUGCGUUCAUCAGCUUCAGAGGCAGUUUCCUUGCUCUUUUGAAUUCAGUGAAGCAUUCCUUGUGAAACUGGUGCAACAUACCUAUUCCUGCCUCUUUGGAACAUUCCUGUGCAACAACGCCAAGGAAAGAGGGGAAAAGCAUACUCAGGAACGGACAUGUUCUGUGUGGUCACUACUUCGGGCAGGCAACAAGGCUUUCAAAAACCUACUGUAUUCCUCUCAAUCAGAAGCCGUACUGUAUCCUGUGUGCCACGUGCGCAACCUGAUGCUGUGGAGUGCAGUGUACUUGCCUUGCCCGUCCCCAUCCACCCCUGUGGAUGACAGCUGUGCACCAUACCCAGCCCCUGGCACCAGCCCUGAUGACCCGCCCCUUAGCCGGCUACCAAAGACUAGGUCAUUUGACAAUCUGACUACAGCCUGUGACAAUACCGUGCCUCUGGCCAGCCGGCGCAGCAGUGACCCAAGCCUGAAUGAGAAGUGGCAAGAGCACCGGCGCUCACUAGAAUUGAGCAGCCUGGCUUGUCCUGGAGAAGAGCCUCUUGAUCCCGACAGCCUUGGGAAGCCGACCAAAGUGCUGAGUGGUGCAGAGCUGUCUGUUGCAGCUGGAGUGGCUGAGGGACAGAUGGAGAACAUUUUGCAAGAGGCCACCAAAGAGGAGAGUGGGGUAGAAGAGCAUAGGGGGAGCAUCUGUGAAGUGCAAGAGGUCAAAGAGGAGACUCUUUUUGAAAAGGAGAACAAGGGGAAGACCCCUGAGGGCUCAGGCAUUAUCCUUCAUCAAGAACCAGAACUGGUUGAUGCGGCUCUGAGGAGCUAUCCAGACACUAGCUUGUCUCUGUUUUCACAGGAUAUUCCUCAGCAGCAGGGUGGACAUGGUGUUCUCCCCAAUUCUUUCCAGGAGUCCCACAGAGGAAAGGAGGUCCCUGAGGAACAACCUCGAAUAGGAGCCAUCCCAGAGGACAGGGAGGAAGCAGUUCUUCCAAUUGUAGUUGAUGCAAAAGUUGGCUAUGGUACCUCACAGUUAAAUUCUCUGCUACCCUCCCAACUCCCAUUUGAGGCCAGAGGACCAAACAUGGACAGCUCCAUAGACAUGUUAUUGGAAGAUAAGGAAAAUGGGUCCCAGGGCCAUAACAGACCUUGCCUGGUAAACAGAGGCAGCUUAGGUGGCAAGGACAUACUUCCUCAAGCCAUGGAGCCUAGGCCUUCAGAGAGAAGCCUGGUUGAGAGGCCCCAGGUAGGAUCUGUGGUGCAUAGGACUUCCCCUGGCAGCACCCAUGGCCCAAUGCAUUCUCCUUGUGCCUUGCCUUCAGCCGAAUGUAAAGAGGGGCCUGUGUGCAAUGGUGCCCCAGAGAUGGAAAAUAAGGCCUCCGAGCAGUCCCCAGGGCUUAGCACCCUGCAAAAGUACCCCACUCCCAAUGGGCACUGCACCAAUGGGGAGGCUGGUAAGAGCAAGGACUCACUGAGCCGCCAGCUGUCUGCCAUGAGCUGCAGUUCUGCUCACUUAUACUCGAGGAACUUGCACCACAAAUGGCUGCACAGCCACUCUGGGAGGCCAUCUGCCACAGGCAGCCCUGACCAGCCCUCCCGCAGCCACCUGGAUGAUGAUGGCAUGCCUGUGUACACGGACACUAUCCAACAGCGCCUGCGUCAGAUUGAGUCAGGCCACCAGCAGGAAGUAGAGACCUUGAAGAAACAAGUCCAGGAGCUGAGGAGUCGCCUGGAGAGCCAGUAUCUGACCAGCUCCUUACACUUCAAUGGGGACUUUGGUGAUGAAGUGACUUCAAUCCCCGACUCGGAAAGCAAUCUGGAUCAGAACUGUUUGUCUCACUGCAGCACAGAGAUUUUCUCUGAAGCCAGCUGGGAGCAGGUGGAUAAACAGGACACGGAGAUGACCCGUUGGCUUCCUGACCACCUGGCUGCCCACUGCUACGCGUGUGACAGCGCCUUCUGGCUCGCCAGCAGGAAGCACCACUGCAGGGACACUGACCGUGUUGAUCAAACGUGGAAUUGUGGGAAUGUAUUCUGCUCCAGUUGUUGUAACCAGAAGGUUCCAGUUCCCAGCCAGCAGCUCUUUGAACCCAGUCGAGUCUGCAAGUCUUGCUAUAGCAGUCUACAUCCCACGAGCUCCAGCAUUGACCUUGAACUGGACAAGCCCAUUGCUGCCACUUCAAACUGAAGCUCAGUGACCUGGGGCGGGCAGAGGCAAAGCUGCUGUUCCUCUGACAGGCCCACACAGCCUGGGCAGACCAAGAGGCCCGUGCACUUUGGAAUGGGGGCAUGGAACCACCUGUGCGGAGUGACAGAAAUUUGGGAUGUACCACUGGAUUAUAGAUUGAUUUUUCUUUCCUGUUUUUUUCCUCUCUCCCUUUUUUCCAUACUCCCUCUGCCUUCAAAAAAGAGAAAUGUCCCCUAGUUGUUUUUUUUUUUUUUUUUCCCUCUCUUUUGAUGGAACACCAGAGGUUGCCAGACCCCCGUAACUGCUGAGUCACCUGCUGUCAGACAAUGCUGAGGGUUGGCUUAGUUCCUCAGGAUGGGAGGAGGCUGGUCAGAGUCAGGAGUGGAGACCUGAAAUAGUGAGCUGGGGGCAGUGGGGAAGCUAGUGCUAAUAUUCGUGACCCUUCCUCAUGUCGCCACCACAUGGGAACUGCUUGGAAAACCUUUGCGGCUAGGGAGACUUGAAGCAUCUUCCCUAAGAGUACUGCCCUCUGGUGCCUCUCCCUCGAGAGGGUCUGGACCAGUCCCUUUUCACAGAUAGGUAACGGGGAAUGGCAUCUGGAGGGAAGGGCACAUAUUAAAGAUCCCACUUUGGGAAAGGAAGGUGUAAUCUCUGAGACAAGCAAGAGGAGCUGGGAAUGGCAAGCAUACCCUCUCCCAUGAGAUUCUGGGACUCUGUUUUUACUUGACAUAGAUUAUCUAGGGCUCCCUUCACUGUCUAGGGUCUGCCUCCCUUGGCCAGACUGUAGCACUUCCCAUCCUCAGGCAUAAGUGUUCAGGCUAGUUAGAGGGCAGUGUGUCCUGCUGUGGCUAAGGCCAAGGUCAAGCCCUAUCCUGAGCCCAGGCAUAUCUGGAAGGCAUUCCAGGGCCUGGUCUCCCAAACAAUCUUUCUUGGCUAGCACAGGGAAAUCCAGACUCAGGGUUCCAAAAACUCCCCAUCCCCAACCAAACAAAUCAUGGAUCUCCCCCUUAAGGGGGCGGAGUAAAACCAGCCUUUAGAGUACAGGUCUCUGGAACAGGGAGAAUGUCCCAUACAAUCAACCUCCUUCCCUUUUUUGGGGCAGCAGGAAAGGCUCAACAGUCCCACUGCCCUACACCUAUGUUGCCUCAGUAGGCAUGUCUGGCUGCUGGUCAGGCCACUUGGUGACUCUGCAGGGUUCCUUAGAGAAGUGACAUGGCUUUUAGGAGAUUCAGGGCACCUUUCCUCAGUAAGCUUUGGUGUGGUCCAAAAAGAGCCUUAAAUCAAGAAUAUUUGUGGUGGAGGUGGAUAUGGGGAAGAGUGGAAAGAAGUUUGGAUUUGUGCUUUGUAAUCUUGGCAUCCAUGUUUUGUGCCUGCCCUCCCUCUUAGAGGGAAAGGGCCAUGCUUGGCUCUGCUAAAAGCUGCUAACUGGUAACAGAGCAGAUGGUAGUGAAAGCUGGGGUGAGGCCAGGGCUCUCUCUGACCCUUGGAAGCAACUCCCUGGCCAAGGACAAGUUAUGUCUCAGGAAGGUGGCUCCUGUGUGUGCCUGGGUGUGGUUAAGACGUGGCCUAGAAGCCUUCCCUGGAGUGGUCUAGGCAGAACCAGAGCAUCUGAGUGCGUCUUCCCAGUGGCAGCAGGUUGCUCAGAGUUUGAAUUUAAUAAAACAGGGUGUAGUUCUCCACACUCCGUGUGGUCUGACCAUGCAGGUCAGGAGAAGUCAGUCUAAUCGAAUAUUGUGCAGUUCCUAGUGACAGGUGCCAAGAGGUUAUGAUACGGGUUUCUUGGGUCUGAUGUACAGUGUGAAUAAAUGCUUGCAGCUUUUAGCCCUUUUUUGAUCAAUGAAGCACUUUUUUAUUAAUAUUUUCUUUGUAUGUAAAGGAGGAACCAUAACUCUCCAUAGAUGUACAUAUAACCCUUUUCUCCUAAAGAGGAGUCAGUCAGUGCUCCUAUAUUUUUCAUUUUUUGUCAAAGCAAGAAGUAAAUACUUUAGAAUUGUUAAAUAUAUAAAUAAAGUGAAUAAAGUUUAGUGUUCCGCAUGGUAGCUUUUGCUAACAUGUUCUAAUUUUUUUCCCUCUGGUUUAUCUGCUCUUCAUCCCUUUUCCCUCUACUACAGAAGCAGUUUGAGGUGCUGCUGGGAAACCGACCUUUGGCAAAGGAAAACUACGAUUUCAAACUCUGGACCUUGGCAAGGAGCUGCUCCACAUGCCUGAACACCGAAACACAUUCUUUAGGAUGGUUUUGCCUCUAACAUCUUCCAAGCUAAAAAAGGCAAAGUAGUCAGGCAUCUAAUAAUCAGCAGUUCUUAUCUGGAGAAUUGAGCAUCAGUAGUAAUUAAAACUACCUCUGGCUUCCAGGCUCCUUUUUGCCCUGCUCUGAUUAUAGGGCAGUGCUCUGGCUGCUCAGUUCUACCCCACCCAAGGAACGUCAUCUGCAGUGGAAAGUGGAAGGAGAUGUUGGGGUUGGGAGGGCUGCCCGUCAUUCUUGGACGAGAAAAUAUGGGUGGGCAGAGAGAGACCUUGAAAGCAGAAACACUGGAUUAUGUCCCUAACUAGAGGUCUCCUCCCCUACCUCCAUACACUCCUUAGAUCUGUAACCAACCAAGCCUAUAUAAUACAGUCACUUCUUGACUAGUUCUUUGCAGGGUGUAGAUUUUCUUUUCUCCAUGUCAUUAUUGGGUAUCCAUCCCAACUCGAGUGACUUGCUCUUUGAGGGCUCUGUGACUUGCUCAAGAGCCUCUUUGAGGGCCUUGACCCUUUGGGGUAGGCUCUCCAGGAUCGUUUUCUGGAUGUACUCUCUAUCUAAAGUACACAAGCAUGUAAAAAAAAAAAAGCUCAGCUGAUACCAGUUUGAAAGCCAUGUAUGCUGUCCAGCAGGUGAUUGAGAAUCAGCCUGUCCUCUGGGAGAAGGUGCUAUCUGAGCUGCCUUAUAUCCGUCAGGGAGCCAGUCUGUUCAGACCAACUUGUAAAAACCUGAGUAUGUGUAAGAGCCAAUGUGUCUGUACAUAGCUUCUGUUGUUCCUAAGAGCUAAUGAUCUAGCCCUCAGUUAAAACAGUAGCAGAACUUAGCAAGGUUGUUGGGACCCAUAGAUGGGAAGCUGGUGGCAAUUGGAAGAUGAAGAAUCAAGUGAGACCUGCACAGUGUGGCUCAAAGGCAAGGAAUGGAGAAAAGCAGUUCUGUAUGGGCAGGGCUAGCUUGCUUUAGGUGAUCAUGUGGGGGAAUUCUGGCUGAUAUUAUGAGACCUUGAGGUCUCAUUGAGGUCUCACUAACAGUGACCUUGAGCUGCCAGGAUGUCCUUAUCUCUGAACUUAACCUAUUCUGGUGUUCUCACAAUAUUGCUCUAUUUUCUGUACUUUGCUCUCCUUUACCCUGGCCUCCAAAUUUGGUAGGAUUGCCUUAAUCUCACUUGUGAGGAUGUACAGAAAAAAUUUUCUUUAUUAAUUUGCAAACAUGCUCACUGCUGACUUCUGUGUUUGCAAAGACACAGAAUCUAGAAAUUACUGUGGCAGAUUAAGAAGAGAAUGAACAAAAAAUGGUGCCAGAGGACCUGUUAAACAAUUUCCAGCUAUUGUCAAAUUGGAAAUUGAGGGUAUACUCUAGAAUGAGAUUAGACGCUGUUGUCCUUGAGACAGUGUAUAUAUCAUUGACUGUUGCCCAGGAAGCUAGGAGAUCCCAUACUUACUGAAAUUGUUAACUCUAGCCCUGACCUCUAUUGAUCUUUUAAGAAUGAGCUGAUUUGAAGAUGCUAUUGUAGAAUUUCGUUUGGCUGGUGCCUGUUCAAGUGACUAGUCCCCAGGGCUGCAGCUACACCCCCACUGAUUACAUUAACUGAGACAAAGGCUAACGGCCCAGUUAAAAAUGGGCCCUGGGCUGUUGAAAAGCAAAGUCUCCAUUUGGAGUUUUGGAUAAAAUGGCAGGAGUUCCAGCUCUUUAAUUUCUAGUGACAUUUUCUAAGAACAUUUGUUCUAAGUUGAGGUUAUUGACAAGAUUUCUCAAGGGCAGGUCUCGAAUCUACUAAAAGUUGCUAGCAGCAGCAGGAGGCAACCCUUUUAAGACUCUGCUCAAACCUGAGUCCCACUGUCCCCUGCACACAACUGCAUUGAUGCUUUGUUCCUCUCAGCUGUGUGCAGUUAUCUGCUGCACAUUCUGUGCACAUACCAGCUGCCUCCCCGUUUAAGCAAGUUUCUUCUAGAUGAAGCAAUUGUUUGGAAGUGUGAGAGGGGUGAGGCCAUCCUCUAAAAUGGGAAUUACCAAGGGUUUUAAUGCUGCUAUUUACCACUUUUUUUUAAUCGCAUCCAAGUUGUUAGUUUUCUUACAUUGCACAUAGCAAGUUGCAUUUUGUAUUUUCAGUAAGAUUUGUUUUACAUUGACAUUUAAAAUUGACCUUUAGCUGUUUCCUGAUUGGAUUAGAAUGUUUUUUUUCCUUAAUGCUAACAACACAUGAGGCUCAGAUGCUUUUUUUUU